AACCAUCUCUUAAUCUCAUCCACGACACAAUACACAUACCACCUUGCAAAUAAAAUCCUCACCACAACCGUCACAAUGUCCCUCCGCAUCGCCCCCCCCUCCAGCAACCCAACCCAAACAACCAACACCACAACCCGCGCCGUUAUCGAUCUCCCUCACCCCUCCAAGGGCGCCCCCUCCGCCCCCGGUCUCCCCGACACCCUCCGCGACAACAUCACCCUCCCAGCACCCCGGGGCCCUCCCUCCACAGCGACCGCCACCCCAUCUUCGACGCACCCGCUCGAAGCCCGCCUCCUCGCGUGGCGCGCCACCCAGGAUGCCUUGAAGAUGGAGUCGCUGCGUCGGGCGUACGGCAUCGCGGAGCCCGUGCGCCGCGGCAUGGAGUUGAAGAUCGUGCGUGAUGGGACGUUCAGGCCUGCUGCGUUGGGUGGUCUCGGCAUGGGAAACCUCCAUGAGGAUAUUUUGGUCCUGGGUGGUAGGGAUGCGGAGGUGGGCUGGGAGGAUGUGUUUAAGGGUGAUGAGUUCCGUGAACCGCCUGCUUUCCAUGAUGAGAUGGAGAAGAGAUUGCGUAUGGAUCACUGAGUGGUGGUGGGGUUGGCAGUUCUUCUGAUCUGGACAUGACAUGGCAUGGCAUGGCUUUACUUGUUGGUUGGCUGUUGAAUGGGUUGUUAUGAAUCGGAAUUUUGUUUUUUCUCUUUCUUGAUACAGGCGCUGUCUGCGGUAAAUUAUACAUUACAAUAAAUGGUGGUUUCAUCUACCUGGUCCCCCCGUACAAGCCGACGUUUGGUAGGGUGGUUAUGGAAAAGGGUACUUUACGAA